GGGUGACCCUGAGAAGUUGCUGUCGCGCAGUGCGCGGCUUAAGACGUAGCGCGUGCGCAGGAGCUCAGCGCAGAGGCCUGCCGGAAGCUAAGAUGGCGUGUGUGUGUUGUCCAGGCCGCAGUUGGCGCCUUAUCAGUAUCUAAGCCGUGUGUUUUGUGAGGGGCUGUGGCAAAGGCCCGUUCUCCCGCCAUGGCCCGGCAUCGGAAUGUUCGAGGCUAUAACUACGAUGAAGAUUUUGAAGAUGAUGAUCUCUAUGGCCAGUCUGUAGAGGAUGAUUAUUGUAUUUCACCAUCAACAGCUGCUCAGUUUAUUUACUCGCGACGUGACAAACCUUCACUUGUUGAGCCUGUAGAAGAAUAUGAUUACGAAGAUCUGAAAGAGUCCUCCAAUUCUUUUUUGAACCAUCAGCUAAGUGGAAUUGAUCAAGCUCGUCUUUAUUCAUGCCUUGAUCACAUGAGAGAGGCACUUGGAGAUGCCGUGCCAGAUGACAUAUUGGUCGAAGCAGUUCUGAAGAACAAGUUUGAUGUGCAGAAGGCCUUGUCACUGGUUCUGGAGCAAGAUAAAGUGCAGAAUUUGAAGGUCAAGAGUGAGGGAGCAGCAUCCACAGGGAAGACUGCAAAAGGAGUCUUAUUAUCUUCCUCUCAAGUUUCAGCUGAUAAUGUUCAAAGCUCUUGUCCUCAAUCCGCAAACCAUUUGGAUUGUAGUAGCAAACCCUCUGAUUUUUCUGGCCCACUAGCAAAAUAUGGAUUAUAUCAUAAUUCCUCAGUUGUACCAAGUCACUAUUUACUCCAUAAAAAAAAGAAACCUGACAGACCUAAAAGUGAAAAGAAACUAGAAUCAUGUAAGUUAACAAAAGAGCUUUCGCUAGCUGACCUCAUUGAUGAUGCGCCAAGAGCUCCUUGUGAAAGUCAGCCGUCAGCCAGAUUAUCAUCCACGGAUGGUCUGGAAAGUCUGUUUUCAAAGAAUCUAGGUGCUGAUCUGUUUAGACCUCAUGAAUCGGAAUGUGUUUCCAAAGAUGAUUCUGCAUUCAAAGAAAUACCAGAUUUAAAAUCCUUAAUGAUAAAGAGCACAACGCCUAGUAACUCUUUAUGUAUUCAGAAUAAUUCACUUCCUGCUAUCCAUAACAUUCCAGUACAAAACAACUUAGGAAAUUUAAAUAGUCCUUUGCUCUUAACUAGCUCAUUGGAAAAUAUAGCUCAUGAUAAUUUAAAUACUAGUAAAAUGACUGAAGUUGGAAGUGUUUCUUCAGUUGAACAGAGUGCCAAGAAUUACAUUUUAAAAGAUGACAGUCCGCAGUUUGCCGGGUGUGAAAGUCCAUCCCUAGCUGAACUGUUUCAGGAACACAAAGAAAAUAAUCCAAGCCAGUGCUUUACUUUAUCUGAUCUUUGUAACCAGUCAUCUGCCAGUUUCACAGAUCUCAGUUUGGGAUCUUUUCCCUUGUCAAGGCUAGCAAAUCGGUAUCCAUCUUCGACUGGAAUAUCAGAGUUAACAGGAUCUCUGUCAUCUUUGGCAUUUUGUAAAGCUUCUCCUACAAGAGACCUUGAGAAUUUGUCACUUUCUGAUUUGAUUGCAGAAACAAUUGAUGUAGACAACUCUCAGUUUAAGAAGGAUUCCUUUAAGCUCAGUGUAUCUGAAAUGAGUUCACCUGGAAUAGAUUCAAAUAUUGAUCUUAGUGUCCUUAUAAAACCCCCUGAUUUUGUUCCAAAACAUGUAGUAGACCAAUCAGUUGCUCCAACAUCAGGAACUAAAGUUUUAAAUUCGAAGUUAGGGAAAAAUUUCAAUUCUGCUAAGGAUAAUAAGAGAACCAAUAAAGGCUCUUUGACUAGGAACCCACCUUUUUCUCUCUCUUGGACCAAGGCUCUUGCUGCUAGACCUUCAGCUUUUGCUUCUACGCUGUGUCUUCGUUACCCAUUGAAAAGCUGCAAGCGACGCACCCUUGACCUCUAUAAGACUUUUCUUUAUAGUAGACAAGUUCAAGACAUAAAGGACAAAGAAAUAAGUCCUCUUAUAGCAAUAACACCAUUUGACUUCAAAUCAGCAUCUCCUGAUGACAUUGUAAAAGCUAAUCAGAAGAAAGCUUUCACUAGAGAAUAGUAACAGGAGAACUUGAUAACUGUUGUAGAGUUUUUGUUUUAAUUUAAAAUCUUUAUAGGAUUACUGUAUAUUAUGGGAUGAGAGUUGUGGUUUUAUAUUAAAAUUGUCUUAAGUCAGUUGAUUAGUUGAUAAUGUAUUUUUGCACUGAAAAAAACUUUUUUUUACUAUAUUUUCUUUUAGUGAUAACUGGCUUUAUUUAAGUUGAUAGCCUAAAGUGGGUGUAUAUGUUUACAAAAUGCAUAUGGAAACUUGAUAUUGUGAAAUCAAACCUCAGAUAUUUUUGUUUGAAGCACUCAACUUUAUAAGUUUUUACAACGAGACCUUUUCUUUUGUAAAACAUUUUUGUGCUUCAUUCUUAAAUGAAAAUGCCACUUGGGAUUAUUCUAGUUUAGAGAUAAAGAUUUUUCUUCUGAUAUGUGGCAUAGCAUAGGUGAGACAUAAUUAUAUUUUAAAAUAUUAGUGAUAUCAUUCCCAUUCAUUAUUUUUCUGUAGGUGGAUAAAAUUUUUCUAUUAGAAAAUUUUAAAAUUCCUGACUUUUAAGAAUACUGUGGAGGUUGUUGAAAUACAUUUUUGAUGAUAAUAAAAUGAAAAUCCUUUAAGGGACCAUGUACAUAUUGAAGUUGGAUUAGUACAUAAAUUAUUUUUAUACAUUUUCGAAACCAUUUGUCCUAAAUGCACACUUUGAAAUAAAUAUAUAGAAAGUGUUUUCAAGUAUGGUUGCAUGCUGUUUGAAUAGAUAAUUUUAUCAGAUCUCUUUAGCUUUUUCUUAUGUAAGUAAUAAAAUGUGUUUUCCUCUGAUACUGACAGUGUAUGUGCUACCGUGACCAAGUUUCAGCAGUGUCAGACCAAAUCCGAGCUCUUCUAGGCAGUAGAACAAGUAUGUAAUUCACCCCUGAAAGCAGUGGUCCUCAACUAGCAAUCAGAAUCGCUAGGGGAGUUUUUUUCAGAACAGAUGCCGUGGCUUCAAUCCAGACUUGGUCAGUUAGUCUCAGAGGGAUGACAUUUUGGGACUGUGUAUUUUUAAACAAGUCCCCAGGUGAUUUUGAUGUGUUACUUUUACUUGAGAACUAUUGCCUUAGGGGAAGAACUCAAUAGAAUGGAAAGAAUUACUAAUGCUAAGGAUAGCACCUGACCAAUGUGAAUUUUUAUAUUUUAUAGUUUCUCGUAAUCAGAAAUACCAAGGAAAAUUGCUAAUUAGGAAUUAUAGUCUUGCAUAAGAGGAUGCUGAUACUGUAUCAUUAGUAUUUCUUGCAGAAAAAAUAGGAUCUAAAAUGUUAUUUCUUAAUGAAAAUAAAAUAGCUGGCCUUUUCCUAGUAAAGACCUACUUUCUCUGGCAGCUACUUCAGAGUGCUUUUUAUAAUUUUUCUUUUUUGUAUUUCUUGUUUCAGUUUAUUUUCAGAAUGACAUUCCAAUAUUUUUAGCUGUGUAUGAUGUUUUUAUAUCCACUGUUUUGGUGGGAAAUCUUGAGCUAGAAUUAUGUUUUCCUUAUUCUUGACCAAACACUUUUUUUUGUGAUGCCUUCAGGUUUUGUUUUUAAUUGUGUAUUUCAGUGUAUAUCAUACUGAUGCUUACGAGAUGAUAUAAAUUAGGUUAUAUUUUAUGGUCAGUUUUAAAGUUUAAAUUACCCCAACUGCUGAUUUUGUUUUCCUAGUCUGAUACCUUGAUGAAACAUUUUAGUACUUUUGCAAAAUCAGUGUAUGACUCAUCAACUAGAUUUAUAUAUGGGCCCUCUCCAACUUAGAAGUGAAUUGUAUUCUAUGAGUUUGGAACUGACAAAAUUCCUGAUAGAUUAAGUGUUAAUGCAAGUGUACCCACUUUGCACGUGAAUCCACAAAUAUUUAUGUAACUCAUAUUAAAGUUGAACAGUGGUACUAUUAUUUUACCAUCUUUUAUAACAGAUUUUCAAGUGGAAAUGUAAUACUUUUAAACCAUUAAAAGUAGAUUUUGUAGUGAACUAGAUUUCCCUUUGUUGGCUCAUUAGGAUUGUAACUACCGUUUAUAAGAUUAUUUCUUUAGGGAAAAUCCUAUAUUGCAGGAUGAUAGGAAAGGCAACAGUUUUUAAAUAGGUCUCCCUGCCAUUGUCAUGGCUCCUGGUCCAUCAGGCAAGUACAUGACAUGUACUUGGCUUUGUUGAGUAAGGAAUUGUCAGUCUCUGAGAUUCAGAGUGGAGCCGAGAAGACCCUUUGCCCUUUCCACCCUUGGCCUUUGGCCCUUGAUAAAGCGACCAGUGCCUGUUUAUGGAUACACCUCAGUGACGAUGAUUUACUCGCACUAAAUGCGUACUCUGCACCAACUGCCUGUUUUUGACUGCUGUUUGGUAGCUCAGGUAUGCUAAGUGUUUUGAUUUAUUUUCCAAUUCUAAUACCAGUUUUGUAGUGCAAAGUCAUUUUUAUUUGCAUUAUGAUCAAGUGCAUUAAAAUUUUACUUUAGGAAUAGAUAUAAUGUUGUAAUUAUGUUCUAAAUGAUACAAAAUACAAAAGAUAUUUAAAAUUACUAGUUUUGGUCACGUUUUUUGUCCUUAAAUGAUCUAAUGUUCAUGGAUGUUUUGUCCUUUUGCAUUCUCAAGUCUUUGGUUGGCUCUUUUGGUUAUGAUUCUUCUUUCCAUUAAUUGGCAAGAACUAGGGUUUCACUUCCUUACAGAACACUUUGCUUAACUUUUCUUUUUUGUUUUACCUUUUUCCUAUUUCCAGUUUAAUAAUUGCCAUUCCAACCUCCUUCCCUCCUUUGGCUUUUAAUUCUUCUUUCUUGAACUUUCCUUUCAUCCUUUUGUCUUCUCAUAUAAGUAGUAAUAAAUAGCCCAAGUGUGUUAUAUUUUGUUUUUAGUGUUCGGUGGGAGGUCAUACAACUGAUUUUCACAUCAGAGAUAAAACCAGUAUAGUGCUUUUCUUUGUAUGUAAAGGGAAGCACUGUUAAGAUAAACACAGUUAAGAGAAGAUAAUGGGUUCGUAUGUGAUUAUUUACCUUUUAAAUUGAUCCUGAAUUUAUAUGUGGACCACUACAAAUAAACAAGUGCACAGUUAUACAUGGAGGAAGAACUGUGUAUCAACAAGUUUUUUGUUUUGUAUUCCUACAAGUAUGUAUUUGCUUAUAGAGUCAGAUUUGUAGUAGCCUAAAAAUUGUUUUCUAUUACUUGUGUGAACAAAGAGAAUGUUGACUAAACAGGGAAGGAUUGAUAGUAAUUUCUUUACUAGUUUUCUUUUAAAAUUAUAUAAGACUCAGUAUAUGCAAUUAUACAUUGUAUUUUUAAUUUUUAGGGUGUAAAAGAUGUCAUUUUGGGUGUAUAUAUACAUUUUUGUAAAAGCGACGUUGAAAUAAAUUACAAUUCUGAGGUUCUCCAAAAUUAAGUAAGAAAACAACACAGUUUAUCUAUAGGGAUUUUUAGAUAAGCUUGAGCCUUCAGAAUGGAAUUUUAAUAAUUUAUGCUGAAGGUACUACUUUUAUGUUCCUGUAAACAAAUUAAAAAAAAAAAAGAACUACCUGUUUGUAAAGAAUUUCCUCUUAAGAUAUUUGCCAUUUCAAAUUCUUGCUUUCCAAAAGGUAAAAUUUCGUAUGUAUUUACUUUUGAGGACUCACCAUAGAAACCCUAUUAAAGUAUAGGUUAUAACGAAUAUGGAUAUUGUAAUUGCAAGGAUGGAAGUAGAAGGGGAAAGAAUUGACAGAGUGCCCAUUUCUGAUGUUGAUGUGCCUGGUUUAUAUUAUAUGACCGAAAGGAAAACAUCACAUCAUUUUAGUUGCAAGAGAUAUCACAAGGUGAACAAAGCAAUGAUUGUUAACCUCAGAUGGGAGGGGGGUUGUGGGUACUUAAACACAUAAUUAUAUUGAUUGUAGUGUGGCAGUUACGUCUUUACACUCUCCAAAGCUGACAUCUUUGCCCUCCUGAUCUAAGCUGCUGCCUCCUCUGUUUCCUAUUUUUCUUAGUAGUAUCUCUGUCUUCCAGUUGCUUAACCCAGAAACCCUGCUAACAUCGUCCUUGAUUUCUCUCCCUCAUUUACUUACAAUUGAUUACCGGUCCUACUUUUCCUGCUUUACAAAUAAGUAAAAACAUCUGUGUAUAUACAGUUGAUUGUCGUUAUUUGUGGUAGUUACAUUGGAUAAAAUCACAAAUUAGUGAACGCUGAGUGCAGUAUGCCAACACUGACUUCUCAAAUGCUGAAGCAUUGCUCUUACAGGAAAUACAGGGUUAGGUUCCUUUCAUCUUCUGGUCACAACAUUUUUGUCAGUCAGUAUGUAACCUUACUUUAUGUAUCUAUUAAAAGACAUUUGUUUAAAAUGUAUUAUUUACAUAUCAUUAAUUCAUUAACAUUGAACUCACAGCCAGUCGCUCUAUAACUCAGGCCUGUACAAAGCUUAUCCAACACAUGGCUUUUAUUUAUAAGGCACAUCACAGCUGCCUUGUACUUAGGAACGCUAGGCAGUGCUUUAGCACUACUCAUGGGGACCAUUUUAAACAGCAAAGUAGCCAACUAAAAUCACAGUGUGAAAAAUGUGACACGAAAUAGAUCAUAAAAAGCACACUUGUUUAUGGUGUAAGAGCCAAAACAAGAAGGCAGGGUAUCACCUUUUGACCCAGCAGGGAAUGUGCAUGUUGGGUGACUCAGAUUUUUUGCUUCUCUGCAUUUGUCUGGGAGUGAUUGCAAAAGUGCCGUAAAUAGUGAUUUGGGGGUUACCAAUAAACUUUAGUGAAUAGGUGAAUUUCUAAAUAUGGAAACUGUCAAUAACGAGGAGGCAUUGUACAUUUUUUGACCCCACUGUUCUCCAUCGUUAUUGCCAGUUUACCUCUUAAAAGGCCAUUAGUUUUGAGCAAAAUUACUGAAAAAUGAACUGGUUUCUUUACCUCUCAUUUUAUUUUGCCCAAAACACUUUCUACAUUACAACCAGAGUAACUUUUCUAAAAUGAAGCUCUAAUAUUCUGUCCUCUGUAUAAACCUUUUAAAUUAUUUUAUAAGACUUUUUCUGAAUUUGUUUCUGUUUUGUGCACCCUCUCUCCCUUCCCUCCCCCCUCACCCCCCCAGAACAAACCUACCUGAGUUUCCUCUGCUUCUGUAUAGUGCUUUGCCCCUACCACCACCCCCAUUUCUCCUGGCUGAUCAUCCUUCAUGUUGUAGUUUAUAUAUCACUUCACUCCCAGUCCUGGGGAGGGGAACCUUCGUAGGCACCCUAGUUCAUUGCAUUCCUUUUAUUACCUCUCCAUGUAAAAUUAUACCCCUCUGUACAUAUAGUCCCUUUCCCUUGUAGUCCUGUUGAAUUGUCCCUCACAGCACUUAAAUCAUCUGACAUUGUGUGUGCAUACACAGUUAUUUUUAUUACCUGUCUCCCUACUGCUCCCCAUGGCCCCCACGCAGCUUCUAUGGGGGCAGGUAUUUUAUGUGUUCACUGAUGUCUCUUCAGCUUAGAGUAUGUCUGGCACAUAAAUGUAGACACGGGUUUAAAGUAGAAAGUGAGUCUCACUCCCACAGUCUUGUUCCCUACAGGAAGCUGUAAAUAAAUAUGUAAACAAAUUGUUUCUUUUGUAUUAUUCUUCUAGAAACUUUACUUGCAUAUCACUAUGUGAACCUGCAUAUAUAUAUAUUUAGACAAAUGGGAAGAUGCUGUAACACUUCUAUGUCUGUACCAGUUGUCAAAGCCUUUUGCAGACUUUACUGUUUAUACAGAGAUCAAUCUCAUUCUUUUCAGAAGCUGUGUAGGAUUUCUUAAUGUGGUUGUACAUUAAAUAGCCCUUGUUGAUAAACA